AUGGGAAGGUCUCAAGAUAAGCUUGAAAAGAUGCAGCUCCGGCAGAGUUACCGGAACCUAUGGCAGUCCGACCUCAUGAGCACGGUCACGGCCGAUACUCCAUUUUGUGAAAUGAUUUGUUUUCUCUUAAAUUCUACUGUCUUGUUCUGUUCUCGAAGGUACACUUGUUGUGGUGGAUACAUGCCUUGCAGUGGUAGGUGUGGCGAAAGCAAAUGCCCUCAAUUUUGUCUUGCCACCGAGGUUUUCUUGUGUUUUGGAAACUCGGUAGCAUCUACUCGCUUUAUGCUGCAAGAUGAAUUCAACAUCCACACAACACAAUGUGACAAUUGCAUUAUUGGAUUUAUGUUCUGCCUCAACCAAAUCGCUUGCAUUUUCUCUCUUAUCGCUUGCAUUGUUGGUAGUGAUGAACUCUCUGAAGCUUCUCAGCUUCUUUCUUGCUUGGCUGAUACGGUUUAUUGCACGUAUACACAACACAAGAUCGAGAUGGACAAAAGAGACGGUGUCCUAGGUUCUCAACCAAUGUCAGUGCCACCGGCUCAGCAAAUGUCUCGCAUUGAUCAACCGAUCCCUCCCUAUGCCGGUUACCCUCCAGCCUCUGGCUAUCCCCAGCCUUACUAUCCACAGCCUGGCCAUGGUUACCCUCCUACGCCAGGCUAUCCACCUCCCGGACAUGGUUACCCUCCUGCUCCAGGCUAUCCACCUCCUGGUCAUGCUUACCCUCCUGCUCCAGGCUAUCCACCUCCUGGUCAUGGUUACACUCCUGCACCGGACUAUCCUUCAAAGUGA